AUGGAGAUGUACCAGAACCAGCUGACAAAGUACGAUGUCCCCAUUGGCCACCUGGAUCACAAGUACAUAGCGGCCUGCAAAGAUAUCAUAGAACUACAAAAAAUUAUAAAAGUUCUAAGGUCGGGUUAUGAAGGAGUUUACCCUGACCUAGAAAAACUAGCUGAAGACCAGCUGAAAGAACUUGACCCAAAAAACAAAUUGUUGAGAAAACCAGGCCAGUUGUUAACAAAAUCCAACAUGGACAGUGAUGAGUGGGAGAAGUAUGACGAUGAUAUCAAAAGUUGGGAGGAGGAGAUGAGAGGUAAGGAGCCGGGCUCGCAUUCGAAGCAGGGAGUCGACGAUGAAGGCAGCUUAUUUGAUUCCUUACCGCCUGUCAGAGGUUUGGCACUCAAUGUGUCUGUUGAUAAUUCAAAAUCAGAAGGUGUCAAGAUUAGUGAUAAGAGAAGAGUUAAACCAAGAGACUAUAGAGAAUGGGAUAAGUUCAACAUUGAGGCCGAGCUAGAGAAAGUUGAUGAAAACUCAUCAGCCAAUCCUAAGAGUCCUAGAGAGAAAGAACGGAUACCAUUGGAUGAUAAAGCCUUCAAAUCAGCUGAUUAUGACGAGGCAGUAACAUACUACAGUAGGAGCAUCUCGUUAUUAGAUAAUGUUCCGGCUUACAAUAACAGAGCUCAAACGUUGAUGAAUGUUGAUGCCGACGCGAAUGUGAGUGCAGUUUCCGGUGUUGAUGGGGACUGUGAAGAUUGCCAGUCAGUACUAUCAUCAUCAUCACCAUCAACAUCCUAUCUACCUGCUGACAUGUAUGAUGAGCUGAUGGUGAUGAAAUCAAAGGCCAACGACCUCUUCAAAGUUGGUCAGUAUAUGGAAUGUUCUAGCAUCUACUCUAAAACCCUCAAGAUUAUUGAAGCCCGAGAGCUAAAAAUAGUUUUACUAAAUAACCGAGCGUUAAGUUGCCUAAAAGAUUCUGACCUCAGAGGCUGUGUGGCCGAUUGCGACGACGUCCUUGACCUUGAUUCGACCAAUCAGAAAGCUCAUUUCAGGAAGGCCAUAGCCUGUGAACAGCUAGAAAAUUACAGGCUGGCCUACGUACACUACAAGGCAGUUAUCGACAGUGACGCUGCUUUGCUUGCCUCCAACAGAUGUGCUGGCUACUUGAAAGAGUUAGAUGGACCAGACUGGAGGGAUAAACUUCCUCGCUCUCUCCAUCAUUCGUCAUCUACGUCAUCCUUCCUAGCAUCAUUAUCGUCAUCGGCAGUAUCAACUGCGACUACUACCACCACUACUAUUACUACUUUUACUAUCCCUUCUACUACUACUACUAUUACUACUACUACUACUACUACAACUACUACUACUACUUCAACAAGUAUUAAUAAUACAGCUGCUACUAAUAAUGCUUCUAUAGCUACUACAGCUGCUAAAGCUGCUGCUACUACAUCAGCUUCUAAUAAUUCUACUACAGCUACUACUAGCACUACUGUUUCUGAAACUUUUGAAGAAUGCAAAGAACGCGGCAAUGAUUUAUUUGCUAAGAAAGAGUUCGAAGAAGCAAUCAAGUAUUUCACUAAGUGCAUUGCUAUGAGGCCCAAAGAAAUUGCUCCGUAUAAUAACAGAGCCCUCUGUUACCUUAAGCUAGAGAUGUUUGAAGAAGUAUUGGAUGACUGCAGUUCAGCGCUGUCGCUGGACUUUCACAACACCAAGGCACUGUUUAGAAGGGCAGUUGCUUACAAGAUAUUGAAAAAGUUCAAAGAAAGCAUCGUCGACCUUGAAACCGUGCUAAAGAUUGAGCCCAAAAGUUCGUCCGCAAAAAAGGAACUGAAAAAUGUCAACGGUUUAUUGGAAAAGAUGCUAGAGCAGAAAGCCACGAAAGCCUGCCUUAAAGAUGACAGUAUUAGGAGAAGAGUACAGAUCAAAGAACACAUCAACAAUACGUUCAACGCUAACAAUAAGAAUAAUAAAACAGCCUGUAUUAACAAUAAUGAUAAUAAUAAUAAUGAUGAUGGUCAUAACAAUAAUAAUAAUAAUAACAUUAAUAAUAAUAAUAAUAAUAACCAAUCAAAAAAGGCUUCGAAAAUAUCACAGUUGCCAUCUGCGCUAGCUGAAAUCAUCGUUAACUCGCCCACUACCACUUCUAUCAAGCCUGAGGCCAAUAAAAAUAAUAAUAAUAAUAAAAAAAACAAUAAUAAUAAUAUUACUAAUACUACUAUUAAUGGUAAUAAUAAUAAUAUUAAUAAUAAAAAUGAUAAUGAUGCUACUGCGACUAAGAAGAUAACACCGUAUGAAUUCAUGCAAUCCUUCAAUGCCAUCAGGGUUAAUGGCGAGCUGGACGCACUCAUUGGACUACUGGACAAUGUGCAGCCGUCGCAUCUAAAGAGAGUCUUGUCAAACAAGCUUGAUGGCGAUAUCUUCAUUGCAAUUGUCAGGUGUAUCCGGCAUUAUCUCAAUUCUGGUCAGACAGAAAAAGCUAUGGACUUCCUAAUGAAUUUAACAUUAGUUGAAAGGUUUGAUGUUAAUGUCUUGUUCCUGAGUCACGAUGAAAAGAAAGAAAUCAGCAAAAUGAUGGAUGAUGCUUCCCCACAUCUUGGCAAACAGAAAGAAGAAAGGUUGAGGUCAAAGUUCAGAGUGUAACCAAUCAACUUAUCACAUAGCAAUUACAAUUGAUACCAAUUUUAAUAGUAAUUAAUUGAUUAAUUUGUUAACGUGAUUGGGACAAAUUGACGUAUUAUGUAAUGAUUCAUUUGGUUAUAUACUCUAACGAAGAACCUCUUGUUAAUGUUUUUAUUUUGGUUGCUUUGUUAUGCUGUCCAUCUCAAAUGAUCCGAAUCCUAUCAUAUAUAUAUAUAUAUAUAUAUAUAUAUAUAUAUAUAUAUAUAUAUAUAUAUAUAUAUAUAUACAUGCUCGUUUGUUUUUUGGCUCUGAUGAUAAAAUGUUAUACCGUUUUAACGUUUAUCAUUAUUUAUUACAAACACAAAUUUAAAUUUUUUUCAACAAU